CCGCAGCCAUCCUGCCAUCGCCUGGGGGCAGAGCUGGGCUCUCACAAGCAGCCUGUGUCAAGCCUGUGCUUAGUGAAGGGGGAAACGGAUCGUGUGAAGGAGGAAACGGAUCGUGUGAAUGCUAAAACAGAGGAUAUGAUGACAUCUGAUCAGACUUCUUCCAGUGGUGAUCUGAUGGAGCCACCAGAAAAACCACAGAAAUUCCCAGAGAACUUAAACAUUUCAACGCAACCAGCUCUUUCCAAUUUCAUAAGCCAGUUAAAAACUGAAGCAUUCCACAGUUGGGUCAAAAUUAUACAGAAAAACACUGUGAAAUUUUAUAUUCAUGAAGAGGAGGAAAGCAUUCUCUGCAAAGAAAUCAAGGAGUACCUUACAAAGUUUGGUAAUAGAGAGUGCCAUCCAGAAGAGUUCCUUAAAAGAAGAGCUGCUUCAGAUAAGCUGUUGAUAAUUAUCCAAAAUGAAGACAUCGACCACCUCAUCCAUAAGAUACCUGGCUUAGUAACUUUGAAGAGGCUUUCUUGUGUCAGUUUUGCGGGUGUGGAUAGUUUGGAUGAUGUGAAAAAUCGCACUUACAAUGAAUUGUUUGUGUCUGGUGGUUUUGUUGUGUCGGAUGAAUCUGUCCUUAAUCCAGAGUCCAUCACUACAGAUAAACUGAAACAGUUCUUGAAGUUUCUGGAGGAUCUCAACACCCCAGAUGGGAAAUGGCAGUGGAAAGUCCACUGCAAAAUACAAAAAAAACUUAAAGAACUGGGGAGACUGAAUGCUAAUGCCUUGAGUCUACUGACCCUUCUGAAUACCCAUCAAAAGAAGCACCUGGUUGAGAUUCUGUCUUACCAUAAUUGUGAUUCUCAAACUCGAAAUGUUCCAGAAUUAGACUGUCUUAUCAAGCUUCAGGCUCAAAACAUACAGCAGAGACAUGUUGUCUUCUUAACAGAAAAGAAUCUCAAAACACUUUCCGGUUACGUGGAUAAUGGAAUAGUGGUGGCUACCGUUGAUGACUUUAUGCAAAAUUUUAAGAGCCUGGUGGGCUAUCACCACUCAGUUACUGAAGAGAAGAGCCUUCCUCCCGACGAGGCUCCCAGGGGGCAGUCAGUUCUUGUAGAAAAUGAUGGAAAGGAGGAGGAGGACAUGUCUCUGGAUUCAGGGGAUGAAACAUCACAGAUAGAAAUCUGCAAUGAUGCCUCUAAGGAGGCCAAGGGCUCACAUGGAGUAAAUGCAAAGGAAAGCUGCUUGUCAGUUACAGAGUUAACUCCUGAAGCACAAGUGGGCUCAAUGGAAAAGACUUCUAAAAUCGACUUGGAAGAGGCGCAACCAAUUACUCCAGUUUCUACAACAUGCUCUGCUGAAGGACAAAAACACAAUUCAGUUGAGCAAACUCCUUUCAGUAAUUUCCAAGCCUAUAAUAGACAAUUAAACAUGUCCCAUCAAUUCAGUCACUUCAGUGUUCUCACUCAUCAGACUUUCCUGGGAACAACAUACCCAGUUUCUUCUGCAAGUCAAAACCAGGAAGGGGGCAGCUAUUUUCUGUCUGCUUACAGUCAGAGCGUGGGUACACAAAAAUCGUCGUUGCCUGGUCGCUGGGAUAGAAAUUGUGAUUCUUCCAGGCCAUACUCGAAAUAG